CAUUGUAAAGACGUAGAAGAAGAAGAACAAUGGCGGAAGACUACGUCGCUUAACUGCCCGCUGCUUGCGGCGACAUUUCCCAAACAAACAACGAGCUGAGGUUUGAAAACACUUUUACCAAUGUCCGCCACGAACAGAGAAAGCUUCCACGCCCGGCUGGCCUCUGUCGUGGAGGUUUUGGCCAACGCGGCCGUAGCAGAGAUCUGCAGACUGGUGGACGACGGCUACGCCGUGCUGCGGCUGGAGAUCUCCCACAACCAGAGAGAGAUAGACGGCCUGCGGAGGAAGCUGCUGCUCGCCCGGGUCCAGAGCUCCAGACGGGCUCACCUGGAGAGGCUCGGGGCGCUCAGGCGGACCGGCCAUGUCAGCCGCUGGGUGGGGAAGUCAAGGAGCAGCGCCGAGUUAACUAAAGCAGAUGGUAAAACCACAAGACAACACCGAGAGCCUGAAGUUCCCGUUGUCGUUAAGCUAGAAAGCAACGGACAUAGAGAUAGUCAACAAGUCAGCCAGGGCUGUGAAAUCACUGCUGUGGUAUCAGCAGACCCCUCCUCCACCUAUAAACCAGACUCCAGAUCCAUCAGAGUACAACCUGAGAACCAGAAGAGCCUCCACAAACUGACAUGUGAUGCUGAACACAUAUUCCAGUCUCAUCCACCAGCAUUUUCAUCUCAGCUCAGUUCUGAGACUACAAACUGGGACCAGUGCUGCCCCAUAUCUAACAGUGGUGGUGCAUUCGUCUGCACCACAAGCUGUCAUGAUGACAACUCAUUCAUCAGCUCUUCUCAGUGGACAGAGGCCAGUGCAGAUAAAGAAACAUGGAGUAACAUGGUUGGUCCUCAUAACCCAAUCCAAGGGAAACAUGUUGAGGAAGCUCCUAACAGUCAGUCCCCUGGUAGACAGCAGGCAAAGACUAAAUCAGAUGGCAGUGUGGAUAUUUUGGGGGCAGUGGUGUCAAGUGACCUGGGUAAUGUAGUUCCACACCUGGCUGACAGUUUGGACUGGAACCCUGAUGGAGGGAUGCAAGGCUCUCUUCCCAUCAAAGAGGAGGAAGACAUGAAUUCAAGGUGGAGCCUAACAAAUGGCGUUACAAGGUCAAGGGGAGUGUCUGCCGAAAGGAGACAGCAGAGAGAAACCUCAGAUGGAGAUGGAGAAAGGAAAGAGACUGGGGUAGAAGGUGAAAGGAGAGGGGAGAUGGAUGCCUCAAACAGCAACAAAUACUUCCCACUUCAGCUGCGAGAUGCCCAGAUGGCAAACAGAAUAACAGAAAACUACUUCCAGCCCACACCGGACAACACCAAGGCACUGUCUUCCUGCAGCAGCAACUCCUCUUCCUCCUUUUCCAUACUAACCACAGACAAAAGUGCCCGGCAAGUCUUACACCCCCAGUCAAACCGAGGAGGCAGAGCCGCCAGCGGUGGGCAGCACCAUCACUUCCGCUGUGAGCUCUGUGGAAAGACCUUCACCAAGUUCCCGUCCUUGCGGCGGCACCAGCGCGUUCACACAGGAGAGAAACCGUUCAGCUGCCGCCACUGCUCCAAGUGCUUCUCCCACCGGCAUCAGAUGAAGAACCAUGAGCGGGUUCACACCGGGGAGAAACCCUUCCGCUGCCCUGUUUGCGGCCGUUGCUUCGUCCAGUCCAACCACAUGAAGAGACACUUGAGCAUCCAUUCAACAGAACACCGGGCCACGAGCUGAUAGUGACCUGUGUCUUUACAGGGAUGGAACCCAAAACAUUCUGUCAUGUGGAUGUGCUGUUUAAAUAACUUUAAGAGAGCUAACUAUGCAGAUGAAGAACUAUGGCAGAGAGCAGCCACUAGAGGGCUCACAGGCCCAUUUAAUGCCAUAAUGAACUGAAAAACUUACUUGUUCACCAUGCUGACUAAUUUCCCAUGUCUAUGUAACAGUAUAUUCCAAAGAAAAUCUUCAAAAUCUCAUUAAAUGGAUUAUCUUCAUAGUACUAUAAAAAUACAGAAACCAGUAAUAGCAGUUAUUUGGACCAAUAAAACAAUCACACUCCAUCAUAUAAAAUCUGCAGGCAACAGAGUGUCAACAGUGUGUCAGUAAAAAUACUUGUUUAAGUCCCAGUGACUGGAAUUUAUUGAUUUUAAGAGAAUCCAGAAUUUGUGGAUUUCAAAAUUUUGUACAUGACAGUGAACAGUUUUGUAUGAUAUCAGCCCACCUCAUGUUCAACCAGCCAGUCCUCUGAAUCAGAAAUACGUUGAAUUAAAGAAGCAAGACCACAACAAAAUGUUUUUUAUUGUGGCUUUUAAAAAGC